AUGAACAUAUCGUCUCCAUUGUUCAGCGGACAUAAAAUGGAGAUUUUGGUCCUAGAAAUAGACCCUCCAACACACGUUGAACAAGGACUUUUCGAGGAAGCGGUUUUGGUACCGACAAUGGAGAUACCAACCUCCAGUACGGGUCGCUACACUCCGGUUACAACACCCGUACAUAAAUCAUUUCUUCUUGGGCAUGGAAUUAUGGGAGCAGCUUCUUUCCUUUCGUACCCCCUAGGUGCAAACCGGGAAAUUAUUGGAAGUGCUGUUAAUUUUCGAACUGCGGAAUCACAAUCCCUUCCUAUACCGUCUAUUGAUAUUGAAUCCGGAAGUGAAGCUCUACAUACUUUCCGUGAGAGCAUUGAAAACGCGAUGACCUACGAGCACCAGUGGUUGUCGAGCGGUAUUCCCGAAGUUAUCGAUUGGAUGAAGUUAGGUGCAUCCUCUAAUCAUGAUACUAUUAAAGAACCUCUUCUCAGACUAAUCUCAUCUAUCAUACAAAACGCGGAAAAAGAAUUGGAAGCGGAAAAGGCCAGGCAAUUGUCCCUUUUUUCAUCUACCAAGAUACCGCCUACCCAAAUAUCAUCACUCCGUCAUGCGCUUUCUACGUGGUCUGAACGCGCACAUACUGAGCUCCGAGAUCAACUAGACAUUGCGUUUGGAGGUCAGAGAUGGCGUAAGCUGGGAUGGUGGAAAUUGUUUUGGCGUGUCGAUGAUGUUUCUAUGAUCACAUCUGAUAUGUUGGGCCGAAGCUUUUUGACCGAAGCCGAGAAAGAAAUCAUAUUUCUAGCCGGGCGGACGGAGGAAGCCGGUGUAUAUCGAAACAUACCCCUUCCUUCCGACUCUAUACAGAAGUCUGAUUGGGCUUACACGCCAGUUCAAGAGACUCUUCCGGAAGGAGUACCUCCUCCACCAAAACUUCGAGAUGUUAUUCCUAUCGCAGCGGACGAAGAUACAUCGAGGAAGAUAAUACCUCAGCCUUGGCCUCUACACAUUCCAAUCGCUAGGACAUUCUUAUCUACAACUACUAUUCCUGCUCUCCAAGCCUUGGCACAAAGGCUUGUUCUCCAAACUCUUAGUACUUCAUCCAUGACGUCAGCCCUUGCCGGUCUCAUGUAUGUGAGUAAUAUGUCCACCACGAUAUAUGAAGCGGGGGCUGUAGCCGCCUUUGGGAUAGUAUGGAGUAUGAGGCGAAUGCAGAAGAAAUGGGAAACUGCAAGGGCAUACUGGGAAGGGGAGGUCAGAGAGAAAGGCAGGAAAGCCGUGAGAAACGUCGAAACGAUUGUUGGUGAAAACUUGAACAAGGCAGAGAAGGGCAAAGGUCUAGACCCCGCUAUUGAACGAGAUAUUGAGAGGGCAAGAGAAGUCAUUAGAUCCGCGGAAGAUAUCAUAAUACGUUGA